CAAAGUUUGGCAGGGAUAUGGAGGAGUCGGCCAAUGGCAACAAUGGCAAGGGACUCGGGAGGCGCCUUUCACCCUCUCCAAGGGUGGCGUCAAAGAAUGAAAGGCUUGCUGAAGGCCGAGGAAGCGGCUACAGCUGCUGGGGAAGGAUGGGCAUGCACAUUCAGUCGUUACUGACAGUUGCGGUCUUGACUGCAUAAUGUUGCUAUUGGUUAAUGUAGAUCCCGGCAUUCCGGUAGUGACCGGCAUUGAGCCCUAACCCCCCAGACAACAGGCGCCGGCUGCGAAGGCUCAUUGACGGGAAUGUGCUGAAGCAGAAGCUGAAACUGCGAAAUUAGAGGUACAUUCGUGCAGGAUCAACAUACUGAUGCUAAGCGGAGCUUCAACCUGACAAUGGCAGACCACAACCGCAACCCAUGGCUCCCGGACCAUGUGCCAGGGCCGUACCAGCAAAGCCUCAGUCUAGACUUCCCGUUCAACCCUGUCUCCAAUGAGGAUGGUGGCUUCUUGGACGGGUUGAUGUACAAUCCGCUCGCGGUGCAGAAUGGACAGGGUCACAUUGAGGGUUAUGCACGGUUAGGAGUAGAGGACGCCAAACCGCAGCCGGAUUUGAGUGGCGAGGGGACGCACGGGCAGAGCAGUUGGCUGAGGGGGGGGGAGCGGAUGCAGUAUGAAGGCGGGGGGCAUGGAGGUUCGGGGAACUUGACGUUCUUGCAUCAGCAGCAGCUCCAGCCGAUGAACAGGGCGGAGGGUUCUGCAGGAACGGCAAUGGGACCGUCCGAUUCGGGGACCAGGAGCCAAGACGACGAGGUGCACGCUGCUCGGAAGGAGAUGAAGUCCAACCGGGAGAAGCUCUUGCGGGAUCGCAUGAACGAGCACUUUGCGGAGCUGGCGGGGGUGCUCGACCCGGGCCGCCCUCCGAAGAACGACAAGGCGAGCAUCCUAAACGACGGCGUGAAUGUGGUCAAGAAGCUGAGGGACGACAUUGCAAAGCUGCAGAGCGAGCACGCUCUCCUGAUGGACGAGUCGAAAGAGUUGACGGCCGAGAAGAAUGAGUUGCGCGAGGAGCGGAUGCAGGUCAAGGCCGAGAAGGAGGCGCUCGAGCGGCGCCUCCAGAGCAUGUUGUCCUGGAUCAACUUCAACCCGAGUCUCAUGAUGGCUGCGCUCACAAACAACGCGCAAGCCCCCCCCUUGGACGGCUCUGCGGCUGCCCCCCCGCAACAGGAUGCACAGGCGCCGCCACAUGUGGACCCCUCUAGCAACAGCGCCCUGCCGGAGGCGAACCCGCCACACGGGGGGGUGCAAGGGAGUGCGGUUGUCGAGGGGGGACAGAGCGGCGGGGGGGUCCCGCGACUGAUGCAGCCAAGUAACGAAGGGCGAGAGAGGCUGGGCGAAGCCGGUGUCAGGGACGCGUUUUCCGGCGGCGGAGCGGGCCAGCAAGGCGGGGGUGUCGGGGUAACCCUGGGUUCCAGGCAGGCACCUGCGCCGGCAGCAGAAGGGUCCAAUCAGGAGAAAAUUUCGCAACGGGGGGGCUCGAUGCACCACCCGACCCGACCCCAGGCAGCCCACUUCCGGCCUCCCAUCCUACCCCCCCCAGCCCAAAGAAAUCCAACGGGUCUCCGAAACUUGCAGCCAAAGCCGCCGGGGAACCCCCCCCCAACACAAGCAAGGCAGCUGGGGCCCCCUCCGAGCCGACCGGUAGCUCCGCAGCAGCAGCGGAAAGUUCCGCGCACGCAACCAAGUGCGCCCCGGCAACCCCCUCCUCAGCAGAACCCUAGGGUGCUGCCUGCGCCAUCGGUAGCGGCUCCUUCUCAGCCCGGACCAACUAGGAUCGGGAGAGAACAUGGCGCCCAGCCCGCGAGCAGGCAGCCAGAAACGGCCCGGCAGGAUUCGCUAGAUUCCAGGGUCGCCAAAGGGAGACACGUGGCAGCCCCAGGGCCGUCGAUGGUUGCACCGACGGCUGAGAAGAGUACAGCGCAGGUCAGUAGUAGUGUGAGGUCGGAACCCGCUCGCCAAGAGGCGGAAAAGCCGGUUGCGCCGGCGCCCCCCCUCCAGCAGCCCCAUCCUUACCCCCCCGGAUUCGCUCCCAUGCCCUACAUGGGCGCGUUCCCAGGCAUGAUGGGAAUGCACCCCUACUCAUACCCCCCCCAAAUGGCCAUUCCAAACGCGGGCACGCCCCCCCCCGACAACGCCCAACAGGCCCCUCCUGCGCCCUACCCGUACCACGGUUAUGGCUACGGUCAGCCUGGUAACCCGCCCGGUUACCCCUACCCCAUGUUUCCGGCCGGACAUCAUCCGAUGGCUUACGCUCCGUUUGGGUAUGCGCCGCCGUAUGGAGCUCCGGGGAUGUUUGCACCGCCCCCGGGUGGUCAACAGCCGCAGGCAGAGCCCCCCCGCCCUGCGAACGUGCAGAGACCAAGCGCAACAAAGGUCGCUCAAGUGCACUUACCCGCAGGAAACGAUGCGACGGAAGAGGGGCAAGUCGGAGCGGAAACUAGAGAAGCGACGCCUGAGGACGGGGGUAGAACGACGGAGUCGUUUGCCGAGCCAGUGAACGAGGCAGGAACAUUUGAUGCACGAUUUGAAGAGCAGCAGAGAACGGGUGAAGGACAUGAACAGCCCGAAACGGCGGACACGCAGGCUGCGAAGCGUGCAAGAGUGGACACGUCAGAAGAAGAAGCCGCCCGUCCAUUGGAUGACGAAGCAGCGCCAGAAGAGUGGGCGGGGGCGUUACCAGGUCAAGCUCAGGAGCUGAGCCCGGCGGCCUCGCCAGAGCGGCUGCAACAACCGGAGCUAAGUCCACAAGGAGGUGUUGAGAGGGAUAGGUCAGUGGCGCAAGGAUUGCAGUCAUCGCCGUUGGGCAUGGGUAGUCAACUGAGUAAUUGCAGCUCGUCUUCCAGUGGGUCACGCUGUGGAGACGUGUGGACGGGGAGCUUCCAGUCAGCACUAGAGCUGCCUGAAAAUGACCCCACGAUACGACCGCCUGCUGCUUAGAGUUGGGAGGCAGUGCCGCAGGGUGAAAAGUGGGGUUGACAUGCACUCAAUUUUCUACUGAUACCGUACACUAGCUCUGAUGAUACUUUUCAAGUAACUCAGAUACUUACCUGAUUCGCACGCUAUUCAUUUAUUACUGCAGUUACUUAGACUUGAUGUGCAACUGCAUGAAGACUUCGACUUGGACAAUGUCUAGCCGCCUGUGACAGUAGGUAUAUGGAUCAGGGCGGGUUGCAGGCGGGAAAUGGAGUUGUGAU